GCGCCUGCCAGGACGGGAGAGAUGCAUGAGGGGCUGCAAUCUUGGGCCGUUUUCCAGGUUGCGGUUCGUUCGUCCAGCUCGUCAUGCUCAUAUAACAAGCUUCGCGCCGCCCCAGGCAUGGAUUGAUUUUCAUCGUCCAGGCCCGCCAGCCAUGGCGCCGGAUCUGCAUCGUCGGCGGCUGAACUAGUAGCUGAACCACUGCGUCAUACCAACAUUGCGUCCAAUUGCUUUUCUUCAUCACCGCGCCUUCUCAUCGCCCUCUCUCCCUUGUCCUUUUCCGCGAUAUAUAUUUCCUUGGACGAAAUACACUCCCCUUGAUGUCGUGCCACCAACUUAUAUGCCCGUCAGAAGAAAAAUGGGCGCGACGUCAAGAGGCGACCAGCUAGUAUCUGCUUCAAGCACGCAACUCGCCCACAAUGCCGUCGAGUUCACGCAUCAAGCCGAGAAGCUGUCCCUGCGACAGCCGACCGCCGGGGCUCCCUCCGUCGCCAUCAAGGCCGACUUCGUCACGCCUCAGGACCCCGUCAUAGUCGAAUCCGACGGAAGCCGAUUGCCCGGCGUUCCUCUUCAAGAAGCGCACAGGCUCAAUGUCCUCCGCGAGGAGCUCGAGGGCCCGCCCAAGACCGUCGAGAUCAAGCAAGGCGAAGAGACCAAGGAGAGGAUAUCCAACACCGAUGCCAAUGGAGACGGGGAGCACAAGGUUGUCCGCGUGCCCAAUGGCCAAGAUGACCAGUCGCUACAGCCCUCGGCUGGUGGCACGUUGAAGCGCUCCAUGCCGCCGUCGCACACGCACCCAUUGUUUCCUCCGCUGCCGCUAUACGGGCCCCCUUCUCUGCUGCGCAAAGUCCAGGGCCUCUUCUUCCGAGUAUCGUCCUUCUUCCUCAGCCUGGCAUUCCUGUGCGUCAUAGUUCUUGGAGCAGUGGUCACGAGCGUACCCCAUGCCACCAACAAGGUGUUUUACAGAUUGACGCUACGCAAAUUGGACGAGAAAAGGCCUUUUUACGAGGAGGAGGAACGGCGGGCCGGUUUGAGGAAGCAGAAACAAGACGCAUGGAUGCGGAGGCCUUCUGUCGACGGCACGCAAGGCGAUCAGGAGGGCACAGCCGACGAGUAUCCCCCGAGCGAGGGCGGCAAAGAUCCCAUCGUCUGCGACGUUGGAUACUACGCGAGGAGGGUCGGGUUGGAUGUCGAGGAAUUCAAUGUACAGACGGAAGACGGCUUCAUCAUCGACCUCUGGCACGUGUUCGACCCCAAAGAGUACACCAAGAUGGACGCGAGGAGCAGGGAUCACAUGGGCCCAACCGUCUUCCACGGCUCGACCAAGAAGCUCACGAACCCAGAAAAGAAGCGCAGGUUUCCCGUGCUCCUGAUGCACGGGCUCCUGCAGAGCUCAGGGGCGUACUGCUGCAACGACGACGAGUCGCUGGCCUUUUGGCUGUGCAAGUCGGGCUUCGACGUAUGGCUGGGCAACAACCGCUGCGGAUUCAAGCCGCGCCACGCCGUCCUCGAGUACAGCGACCCGCGCAUGUGGUGCUGGAACAUUCGGCAGAUGGGCGUCUUUGACCUGCCCGCGCUCGCGUCGCGGGUCCUGUGCGAGACGGGCUUCGAAAAGCUGGGCCUGAUAUGCCACUCGCAGGGCACGACGGAGACGUUUGUCGCCCUCGCCAAGGAGCAGCGGCCGGACCUAGGCGAGAAGCUGACCGUCUUCUGCGCGCUGGCUCCCGCGGCCUAUGCGGGGCCUCUGAUCGGUAAGGUGUACUUUAAGUUUAUGCGGCUCAUCUCGCCGGGCAUGUUCAGGAUGGUGUUUGGGAUCCAUUCCUUCAUGCCCAUCAUGAUGCAGAUGCACGGACUGCUGCCCCCGCGCUUCUUCGGAUGGAUGGGCUACAAGGUCUUCUCGUACCUCUUCGACUGGACCGACACGCGCUGGGACCGCGGGCUGCGCGACCGCAUGUUCCAGUUCGCGCCCGUGUACGUCAGCGCCGAGUCGAUGCGCUGGUGGCUCGGCCGAGAGUGCUUCGCCAAGCACAAGUGCAUCCUGGCGACCCAGGAGACCACGAGGGAGGAGGAGCAGGAGGAGGACGCGACGGACGCCUGCGAGGACGGCGGCCAGGACGACAGGGCGGCGCCAGCGGCAGCGACAACGGAGUCUCCUGAAUCCCAGCAAACCGCCGACUCGCAGCCCGUCGGCGGCAACGGCGACACGGCGUGGUACAACGAGCAGGUGCCGCCGUUUGCGCUCUGGGUCUGCGGCAACGACCGGCUCGUGGACGGCCGGAGGCUGCUCCGGCGGUUCCGCAACGCACGGCGGGAGCCGCACGUCCGGCUCGUGCACAGCAAAGUGGUGGACGAGUACGAGCACCUCGACGUCCUCUGGGCCAUGGACGCGCCGGACCGCGUCUUCACCGAGAUCCGCCGGGUGCUCUGGGAGACGUGCCACGCGCGCGACGUCUGCCGCGUGCCCGUGGGCUGCGAGGCGGUGGCGGCGUGGCGUCGGCGCCCGGAGUCAUCAUCGGGCACGGAGGGCGGGCCGACGGCGACCCGUAGCAAGGAGGGGGCAUAGGCUAGGCGCCCGGGCGGCUGGCUUGUUGUGAGUCGAACGGCGGGCACCAGAGGUUUACGGGGCAUGGCGGUUUUACGUGGUAGAUGGCGCACGUCCCCGUUUUUGGGUUGGGCGUGUGCAGCGAUGGGAGUUGGGGCUAGACGGGGGGAUUGGGAUUGCAUAGCGUUUGAGUUGGGGUUAUAGACACGUCGUUCUGCACCAUGGCGAAAUAAAAAAAAAUAUACAAG